AUGGAAGGUUCAAUGGAUCGUUCAGAUUUCAAUCCCGCACCCGUUGCCAAAAGACGACGUCUAGACCAAAAUAUUGCACAUGGUGAUGAUGAAAGGAAAGUCUCCAGCACAACAUCGGGCCACUCUUCUCGUUUGGUUGUCAACACUGUCCUGAAACAGAUUGCCACAGCCGACAAGUUGCUUCUAGUUAACCUUUUCAUGGAGAACUUGGAAAACUUCCUUCAAGACGAGAAUGGGAAAAUCAUGGCUUCAAAUGAUCCCAAAGGUCUGCAGUUCGUAGACACCUUUCUAGCACUCGAUGGAUGCGAUGUCAUUCUUCACACUCUGAAACAAUGGGUAGAAGCAGGCGCCCGUCAAAACAAUACUAUUGAUGAGGACACUGCCUCUUUUGUAUCAACUGCUUUGGGCUUUUUGGUUCACUUGAUGGUGUUUAACCGAAGGACAGCAUUUCGCAUCCUUGAAGUGAAGGGCGUACAUAUCACACCAAUACUGAUGCAAAUUUGUCGGGGUGCACAGUUUGACACGGUGAUUCUUGCUCGAGCAAUCUCGAUAUGGGGCAAGCUCAUGACGAAUGUUACUCGAAGAGAAGAUGUUCUAGUGGAGAACUUUUCCAACUUGAUAUUGAAUAGUAUGCACCUGCAUCCAGAGUGUGAACGAAUUCAACGAUAUGGAUGCAAGUUCUUCGCGUCACUUGCCUCUAUGGGACACAACAAUGGAGAGACCCAAAAUUUUGACAGACAAAAGUUGCGACUAGUUGUUGAGCAGGCCUUGCUAUCCUAUCGACAUAAAGAAAGGACCUACUACUGGUGUCGCCAGUGUACAGCUUUUUAUUCGGCUGGGCAACUGGUCAGACAUGAUGAUGGGAGUACUAGUUCGAGUACUGACUCAUCAAGAAGCUCAUCAAGAACCUCGUCAAGAACUUCAUCAGACACAUUAUCGCAAAAUCCAUCACAAAUCUCUGCGGCUCGUCAACUAGCCAGAAGACGAGAAGAUGGUGAAGUUACUGACUCAUCACGAAACUCAUCACGAGGCUCCUCAGCAGAUAAACUUGACGGGGAUGAUGAUGGGAAUACAAGCUCAAGUACUGACUCAUCGCGAAACUCAUCAAGAGCCUCCUCAGACACCAUGUCCUCGCGAAACUCAUCGUCUGCGCAAUUGGUCCGAGGUGUUCAGGUUACUGCUAACUCAUCACAAAACUCUUCGACUGGUCCAGUCGUCAGUGCCGAUGGUGGGAAUACAAGCUCAGGUACUGACUCGUCAAACAACUCUUCGGCUCGUAAGCUGGGAAGCUCUGAUGAUGGGAAUACAAGCUCAAGCACUGACUCAUCAAGAAACUUUUCGGCUCGUAAAGGAGCCAGAGGUGGCGAGGGCAACUCCUCAGAAAGCUCUUCGGCUGAUGCACUGGCCAGGGGUGACAGUGGGGGUGAUAGUGGGAAUACAAGUACCGACUCAUCACAUCACUCAGCACAGAAGUCUUCGGCUGGUAAUCUUGCCAGAGACGAUGAUGGAAAUACAAGUGCAAGUACCGACUCAUCACAGAAACUCUCGGCUGAUAAUCUAAAUCAAUUGGAGCAGAUGGCUAGAGAUGAUGAUAGGAAUUCCAGAGAUGAUGAUGGGAAUUCAAGUUCAAGUACUGACUCAUCACAAAAACUCUCGUCUGAUCAACUUGAUCAACUAGAUCAAAUGAACAGAGAUGACUAUGGAAAUACCAGUACUGACACUGACUAG